AUGCCCGUCGCCGAGGUCUCCGAUAACUUUGAGCAGCCUGAAGCUGUCGAGACUAGCGACCUCGCCCUGACCACCGAUCUCGAGUCCCCCUCCACCGGCCUGAGCAAGCGCGCCAUGAACUCCAAGUUCAAGAUCCACGUCGUCAACACCGCCGCCCGGGCUCUCGGCAUCAUCAUCAUCGACUGCACUAUCAACCUGCUGCCAGGCAGCCACGAGAGCACCACGGCCAACUUUGACAAGCUCACAAAUGUCCGCACCAACGGCCCUGUCGUUGCUACCCACUUCGAGGGUGGCGCAAACCCACUGGCCGCGGCGCAGAAUGCCGUCUCUAACUUUGCGACGAGCAUGGUUUCUGGUGUCAUUGAUCUCUCCUUCAAUGCGGCUGGUGUUGCUACCGGUAUUGCCUCGUCUACUGGUAUUCACCUUGGCAGCACUGUCGUUGCGAAGUCGCUGCAUAUUUUCAAUGAGAACAACGCGAAGAUUAGUGCAAUCAACCUUUAA